AUGAACUCCGGCGCCUAUUUGUAUGCCUUUAAUGAGGACAGAGCCGAAGAUCACGCGAAGAAGUGGUUAAAAGGCGCGAAACUGAUUGGUUGUGAAGAAAAAGGCGCGAAAUUCACGGAAAAAGUGAUGCAAUGCUUGAGAGCCGCAAAACCGGAGAAAUUGGUCAACAUUUUGGAAGCGAAGGAACUGACGGUCGGAUCGAUAAAAAUGUGGAAUUUGGUGGUAAUUGACGGACACUUUCUGCCGAAAAGACCGCAAGAAAUGAUAUCUUCGGGAGACUUUAAGCGCGACCUAAAUCUCAUGGUUUCGACGACCGAAGACGAGGGAAGCUUUUUAUUAGCCUAUUAUUACGACUCCGAGAAAUUCAGUGCAAAAACGCCGCGAAAUCUGACUUUUAAAGAGGCGUUCAAUGAAUUGCAAGAAAUCUCUUCCGAACUCUCGUCUCGAACGCCAGUCGACGGACAAGAAGUCGCGAAACUCUAUUUCGCGGGACUUUCCGAACGAAAUUCCGAGGAUUUGUUGCGACAAACGAUCGGCAAAGCGGUCGGCGACUACUAUAUCACGUGUCCGACUCUGGAGUUCGCGAAACAAGUGUUCAGAAGAUCCGAGUUUAAGGUCAAAGUCUAUCAAUAUUUAUUCAACAGUAAAUUUCAGGACAUUUUGAUUUGCGGCCAUUGGAUGGGUGUUUGUCACGGAAACGACUUGUUCCCGAUGUUCGGCAUUCCUCUCGUCUUUGCCGACAAAUUCAAUGAAAGAGAAAAAGAGAUUUCGCGGCAAAUGAUUGAAAUUUUGACGGAUUUCGCGAAAAAAGGAGAACCGCCGAAACAAAAGGACAGUCUUUGGCCGCAAUAUUACUCUAUAAACGACGCAAUCAUUGCUCCGUAUUAUGAGUUCACAAACGACUUGAGGAAAGACACGAAUUUCGGAAACGCCUUCAAAAGCGUUGAGUGCGAGUAUUUGUGGCGAAAAUACUUUGAGAUCUAA